GGCCCGAGGGGUGUCGUGGGCCUCUGGGUGGCCCUGUGCACGCCGGGUGAUGGAGUUCCCCUGGCGGGACCUGCCUCUGUGCCCCUGUGCCCCUUCCCCGGCAGGUGUCCCGGGAGAGAACGCCGAGGACGAGGACAGCGCGGCCGAGCCGGGGCCCCUGCGCAGACGACCGGAGCCGGCGAGAAGCUGGGGAGCGCCGGGGAGAAUGAUAGAUGCCAUCAUCCCGGUUUUCAGAGGACGGGGCGGUCUUCCUGACUACGGAGCCAUGUGAUGCUGUGGCCCGGGGCCCCGCGAAGAAGGGGAGCCAGCGAGGAAGCACGAGGUCCGGUACAAAUACUGGCAGUGGCGGUGGGAAACUGAAGCGGAGCCGCGUCCCAGCCGCCUGGCCUUCCUCAUGCUCUCACGUCCCAGAGCGUACACGUAAGCCGUCUCCGAGGGACAAGGUCCUGAACCUGUGGCAUUUUGUCAGGCUGGCCGGAGUGGUGCCAUGUGCUGCGGAGCACAAGCCAGGUAGACGCCAGAGGUGACCACGCCGACUCCCCGCGCGCCGUCGCUCCUGCUGCGGGCCCCAUGAGAAGCACAGUGGACAGGAGGAAGCUGGAGCAGCUGUACGACAGGUACAGAGACCCACAAGAUGAAAAUAAAAUUGGAAUUGACGGAAUUCAACAGUUUUGUGAUGACUUAAGCCUGGAUCCUGCCAGCAUCAGCGUUUUGGUCAUUGCGUGGAAAUUCAGGGCAGCGACGCAAUGUGAAUUUACCAAAAAGGAAUUUGUAGAUGGCAUGACAGAGCUCGGGUGUGACAGCACAGAGAAGCUGAGGGCCCUUCUGCCGAGGCUGGAGCAGGAACUGAAGGACACGGCGAAGUUUAAGGAUUUUUAUCAGUUUACCUUCACCUUUGCUAAGAACCCCGGGCAGAAGGGUUUAGAUUUAGAAAUGGCUGUUGCAUACUGGAAUUUAGUGUUAUCUGGAAGGUUUAAAUUUUUAGAUCUUUGGAACAGCUUUUUAUUGGAACAUCACAAAAGAUCAAUCCCAAGGGACACUUGGAACCUUCUGCUAGAUUUUGGAAAUAUGAUUGCAGAUGAUAUGUCUAACUAUGACGAAGAAGGAGCGUGGCCUGUUCUGAUAGAUGAUUUUGUAGAAUAUGCACGGCCAGUCGUGACGGGCGGUAAGCGCCGCCCUUUCUAGGCAGAGAGUGAAGCUGCACGGACACCGAGAGCAAGUGCCUCCUCCCAGGAGCCCUGGCACCCGCAUGACCUCCCCCUGCACACAGAAAGGGCUGAGUGGACAUGUAAGGAGCUCCUCAGAAGACGCUGCUUCAGGAUGUCUGGGGAUGGUCCUGUGGCUGCUGCUUUAGGGAAUUUCUGCAUGAUUUUUAUCAUAUUUGUGAAAAAGUCACCCAGAGCCUGUUUGCAGAUCUGCAGAGUGUGCGGUUGAAUCGGCGGCUCCCGUGAAGGCUCAUGAACACACGGCUCGCACAGAUCCUGCUGAGCCACGUUGUAAUCCUACCUGUGAAACAGUGUCUGUGCCCUUGGUGGGACACUGUAUUUCUCUGCAGGCCAAAGCUAGUAGGAAUGUGUCCUAAAAAGGAUCUGGACACAGAUCCUAACACUUUUUAAACUUGCUGCCGGGAAAUCAAGACUUCUGUUUUCUGAAUUAUCAAGCAUCUGGAUUUAUUGGGUCUGUUUUUAUUUUAAUUUCCCGUAGAUGUUCAUGUGAACGUGCUUUCACGGUUCCUGACAUGUUGCAGUCUGCAUGGUGACAGCACCCAUCACCAUGGGAUUCCAGGGACAUUUUAUCAUGUACUGUUUACAAGUCAGCUGGUCUGUCCUGUCCAGUGUCAUUUGAAUGAGCUUCCGAAAAAGUUCUGUGUAAAGUAUGCUUUAGAAAAAAAAAAAAGUAUUUUAUUACGUUUAAAAAGACAUUUUUCCCUGGAAAGUAUUUCUUUUAUGAGCAACGGAUUAUAGAUUCAGAAAUGGAGUGAGUUUGUUCCCUCCGGCCCUCUGCAUGGUUGCGCACAUUCGGAAGCUACAGUGCACACUGUUACCCGAGAUGCCCAGACGGGAAGGUCCCGUCUCAUUUACGUCUGCAGUGUGUGGCCGUCGCAUUACCAUCUGUGAGAGGAGGCCGUCCGGCGAGGCAUGGACUCUGCCGUGCUGUCCGAUGGUGGAGCCUGUGACGUUACCUGUUCCUCCUGUUGGGAAAGCUCCUGGGUGUUCUAAAAAUCACUGUGCAGACCCUGCAUUAUAUUUGAAAAGAUCUUCACGUCGCACGUGUGCCUGCUACCCUGUCUGCAGUCCCAUUUAUGAGACAGAUAAACUGGGGUCACUUCACAGGAGAGGAAGUUCACAGUGGACUUUCCGUGAAUGGGCAGUGUGCUUAAAAUGUGUAGUUUGAUGUGACUUUCAAAAUUGGGAUUCAGCAUUUCAGGAAGCUUCUGUGCCCAUGGGAGGUGUUCAUGUGCUUGCCAUGUGUGAACCGUUUAUACUUCCAAAGAGGAGUCGUUCAGAGAGGCCACAGGCUGUCCGGGUGGGAAAGGGGGCUUGAGGCCUGCAGACCAGAGUCUGGGCUGGGUUGGCCCCUACACAGAUGCACGACUGAGUCCCGCGGUGUCUCCUGGGCCUGUACUUCCCCGUCUGCCACAGGGUCGACAGGCCCGUCUCUGCCUGCCAGCCUGUGGUUCUAAGAGAGCACGCACUUUAUGUAAUAAAAACCUCAACAGCUUUAAAGCAUCCUUCGAGGCUUCGCAGAUUCUUGCCGUGUAAGUGUUCACGGAGGAGGCUGUAGGUCUGCGACCCCUCGUUCUUAAGAUUCGAAGUUGUGGGAGUGGGGGAGCUUCUGUGCACUUGGUCAUCAGUAAAUAACGGAACAUUAGUGGCCGGACAAAGGCUCUUCAAGAUUGCGGUUUCUUCUAUUCUAUUUAUUUAAAGCACGCGUGCCAUGAAAAGUGCUAAGAGCUUUGCAAACAUUGAAAUAAAAUAUGUUCUCUGGUGUGGCA